AUGGGCAUCCUUUCUGAGGAAAACAGUUGCAUGUGUUUUGUUUCUUUUCUUUUCUUGAUUUUCACAGCUUUGGGAAUGGUGCCACCUCCUGAAAAUGUCAGAAUGAAUUCAGUAAAUUUCAAGAACAUUCUACAGUGGGUGUCUCCAGCUUUUCCCAAAGGGAAUCUGACUUUCACAGCUCAGUAUCAAAGUUAUAGGACAUUCCAAGAUAUAUGCGUGAGGAUUGCCUCGACAGAAUGUGAUUUUUCAACUAUUUCCAAGUAUGGCUACCACACCUUGAGAGUCAGGGCUGAGUUUGCAAAUGAGCAUUCCGACUGGGUAAACAUCACCUUCUCUCCUGUGGAUGACACCAUUAUUGGACCUCCUGGAAUACACGUAGAAGUGCUUGCUGAUUCUUUACAUAUGCGUUUUUUAGCCCCCAAAAUUGAGAAUGAACAUGAAACAUGGACCAUGAAGAAUAUUUACAACUCAUGGACUUACAAUGUGCAAUAUUGGAAAAAUGGUACUGAUGAAAAGUUUCAUAUUACUUCUCAGUAUGACUUUGAGGUCCUAAGAAAUCUGGAGCCAUGGACAACUUACUGUGUUCAAGUUCAAGGGUUUCUUCCUGAUUCGAACAAAACCGGGGAAUGGACUGAACCUGUCUGUGAGCAAACAAACAAUGAUGACACAGUCCCCUCCUGGCUGGUGGCCAUCAUCCUCAUAGCCUCGGUCUUCAUGGUCUUCCUGGUGCUCUUGGGCUGCUUCGCCUUGCUGUGGUGCAUUUACAAGAAAACAAAGUACACCUUCUCCCCCAGGAAUUCUCUUCCACAGCACCUGAAAGAGUUUUUGGGCCACCCUCAUCACAGCAAACUUCUGUUCUUCUUCCCACUCUCUGAUGAGAAUGAAGUUUUUGACAAAUUAAGUGUCAUUGCAGAAGACUCUGAAAACAGCAAGCAGAAUCCCAGUGACAGCCACAGCUGUGGGACCCUGUCUGGGCAGGAACCCCAAAGCUAGUCCCUGAGGAGGGAACCAUUCUUCUGGGGACUGUGACUACUAUUUUCUCACCUCUGCCUCAGUGGGUGAUCAGAAUGACAAAGGUGUCCAAGACCCCCAAGCAAACCUCAGACCUUUGAACUUGUCAGACCCUGGACUUGUCUACACAACCAUAGAGCUGGAUUUUAAAGGCUCACUUAGUGAAAAUACUCCAUCUUGGGAACUUGCUGCUUUAUAAUGAUUUCAUGAUUUUUU